CACACAUCGAUGGAAAAAUGAUCGUGGCUGAUUGUAAAAUGUGGGGAACACUCCUGUUAUCAGUGACUCUGUUGAGUGCACGGGCUUCUUAAAAUGGAAUUCAACCGGAGAUAAGAUGUCAAAAAUUUGCAUUAUAUUCAAUUCCCUGCAUAAUGAAGACUGAUUUUGACUCAAAACAACACAUGCGGAAAGCUUAUCCUUUCCUAUUGUUAAGCUUGUAAAAAUUGCAAAAACAACAACAACAAAAAAACCGAAAAGGUUAAAGGUAACACCGAGAGAGACUUUAACCACACGGAAAGAGAGAUGCUGACGAAAGCAUGUCAGAUAUGGGGAACAGUUCUAGUAUCAAUAACCUUGUUGGGAUAUGCCAGACUCGACCAAGAUAUCUGCGAUUCCCGCGAAAACCCAUGUUCAAAGAAAUGUAUCAAGGAGGAAGAAAGCUGUGACCAACAAUGCCAAAAAGGCAACUACAGCUGUUCUCUUGACUGCAACGGGAAGAUUUGCAAUCAAGGUUGUGACGCUGAAAGAUGUAACCUUGAGUGCCACAGUGAAAACUGUGUUCAAAAGUGUAACAGUGACGUAAAAGAAUGCAUUAUGUAUUCCGACGCGAGUAAAGGUGAACAGACGUGUGAUGCUAAAGUAUGUGUCAUGACAGUAAGCGCAUCAAGCGAUGAUACACUAGAACAGAAAUGCAACGGGGUUGUCGCAAGAUGCGAGGCACAAUGCUACGUGGUUGGCGGUAAUUGUAAGCAGCAUUGUGACGCUGGAAGAUGUAAUCUAGAUUGCAGCGGGAAAGAGUGUGAUCAGAAAUGCAAUGGUGUAGUGAACGAAUGCAACAUGCAAUGUAAUGCUGGUAUAUGUAAACAGACGUGCGACGCUAAGGAAUGUCACAUUACAGGAAGUGCAAUCCACGAUAUACCCGAGCAGAAAUGCAACGGAGGAACAGAUAUCUGCGAUGCACAAUGCUACGUGAGUAGCGGUAGAUGCUUGCAACAUUGCGAUGCUAAAAAAUGUAAUCUGGAAUGCUGUGGGAAAGAGUGUGAUCAGAAGUGCAACGGGGGAGUAGAUGGAUGCAAUAUGUAUUGCACCACAAAUGAGUGUGAACAAAAGUGCGACGACGCUUGCUCCUGUAACGGGACAAAAAUCCAGCCAGUCAAUUCACUCGCUGAGCAGAAGUGCAUCUCAAUUUUCAAUUACAGGACUUUAUUUACGCCAAAUGUUAUUGCAAGUGCCUCAACUACAACAACUGCAGUCAUCAAAACUCAACCAUCAACUACACAAGCUUUAUCGUCAUCUUCGUCAAUAUCAUCAUCACCAUUACUAUCCCUGUCAUCAUCGUCGUUUUCGUCCUCGUCGUCUUCAUCGUCAUUGUCAUCGUCAUCUCUGACUUGCACAAGUCCAUCAUUGCCGCUGGUAACAAUCGAGAGUCUGGGAAACGAAUAUGUUUUUAGACUUUAUGGAAUAGACAUUAGCAGAGAAACUUCCCUCAAGGAGGCAAUGAUUUUGUUUGAAGACUUCGCCGAUCUGUGUCAGAACAUAACAAAACGUAUCAUAGGCCAACUUUGUAAGGAAGAAAUAAAGAAAAGAACAGAAGCCAUCUUUCAGGUGGCAGUCGCCUUCGAGAAAUUUGUUCUUAAGUACAGCAAGUACCACUUGAGUGAGGCAAGACCUUCCAAAAAGAUGACCGACCAAAAAAUGGCUGUGGGUAUUCAAUUAGGCUACCGCCAAAAUACAAGUGACUUCCUUCUCAAGAAAGAGGAAUGGCAAGCCAGCAUCAAUAUAUCUUCUGCAAAUUUUGCCGAGAAUGGAUCAGUGAUCGUGGGAUGUGUGUACAAGGAUCUUCACGAACUACUGCUGACACAUCAAUCUGUUGGGAAUGAAAUUGACAAUACAAGGUUUGUGAACACCAGGAUAAUGACCGCAGAUAUGGAUCCUAAGCCGGAAAAAUUACAACAAGAUGUUAUCUUGAAAUUCAGAAGCCUGGAGGUCGUGGAGGAAGAAAAACGUUGCAUGUUUUGGAGCGGCUAUAGCAAGAGUCCAGACGGGUUCACAAGUGAGGGCUGUCAUGUAGAUUCAGCGAAGAGCAACUCAGUGGAAACAGUUUGUAGAUGCAAUCAUUUGACUUACUUUGCGGUCUUAGUUGACUUUGACAGUGGUGACAAAAAGCUCACCAAGAAGGACGGAACUAUCCUGGAGACAAUCACUUACGUAGGAUUAAGCCUUUCCAUCAUCGGGAUGCUUUUGACAAUCAUCCUGUAUUCUUUCCUCACGGAUGUUCGUCAACCUCUGUCACAAAUACGUUUAAGUCUUUCUGCGUCCCUCGGAGCUGGACAAAUGAUCUUUCUCGCCGGGAUAAACGCCACAGAAAAUAUCGCUGCCUGUAUCACAGCGGCAGCUCUUAUGCAGUAUUUCCUGAUGGCCGCUUUCUGCUGGAUGCUGGUCGAGGGGAUUUAUCUCUACCUGUUUGUUGUAAAGGUGUACAAAAUCAACACCAAGAUGCACAUGUAUCACGUCAUGUCAUGGGGCUUUCCCGUCGUUAUGAUAGCCAUUUCAUUGAGCAUCUCUGCCGGAAAAGAAGGAAUACAGAGCUACACCAGUAAUAAAUACUGUUGGAUGUCCUCAGCUAACAGUUUGAUUUGGAUAUUUGUCACAUUUGUGAUUACGAUUGAAUUUGUCAACAUUUUGAUACUCAUUCGAGUCGUAAGGGAGAUGACCAGAAUGCAGCCAACAGGAGAUAAGCAAAUCCAGCAAAUACGACUUGGCAUAAGAGCAUGCGCGGUGAUGAUUCCCCUGCUGGGUGUCACGUGGCUAUUUGGUCUUUUAUCGCCGUUACACAAAGUUUUCGCCUACAUUUUUAACAUCGUCAACUCUACUCAGGGUUUCCUGAUUUUUUCACUUCACUGUGUGCGAAACAGCCAGAUUAAAGAGCGGUUCAACAGAAAAGUCAACACUGUUUUUCCAUCUGUUAACAAAGGAAACUCUACAAAGAAGGGCUCGCAGGUUAACCUUAGUGAUGUUGGAGAUGCGAGGGGAGUUGAACUGGUGUCUUAUCAUUAAUAUGAACUGAAAAAAACACUCAACUUGGGAAACGGGACCAGGACAGGUUUAGAAUUGGAUUAAAUGUUUGUAGAGCGGCAGUUGUUACUGAAAAUUGCGUCAGAUAGUCUAAUCCAUAUUAAGCCAGCUUUCUAGAGUCAUCCGCCUUUAGCGUUGUCUAGGUUCUCAACUAGAUGCUAAUAGCUUCCCUUGAUGGAAAAUGAGUUUCUCUAGCCUAUAAAAGGUGUUAACGAUAUACAAACUCUUUAGAAAAGGGUGUUAUUGAUAUUUGUGUCAACGUGUCUAACCUAUGUUAGACCAGCUUUCUAUAGUCAUCAGCCGUUAACGUUGUCUAAGCACUUAAAUAGAUGCAGGCAGCUUCUUUAGAUGGAAAACAAGUAGUUUAAUUUUAGCCCAUCGUAUGUGUCAACAACACACACAAUUCUUCAGGAAAGUGGGUUAGUUUAUCCUAAUGAAAUAUUUUGGAUUCCGGUUGUUAUGAUUCAUUGUUACAUUUAAGGGUAGUCAGUCCUCUACAUAAUGGUUAGUUCAAUUCGUGCGAUAGAUAUGAUUGCGCUUCAAGGGAAACUACAAUAUAGUAAGAUGUUUGUAAAAAUCAUAUCAUGCAUUUGUUAUACUCAGUUGCUUCUAAAUAACAUUAAUUAUUAAAAACUAAAUCAUUGGAUAAUGCAAUUCAAGACUU